AUGGAUGAAACGUGCCAUUUCAGGCAUUGGGAUGAAUUACUGCCUGAUGCACUUGGGUUGAUAUUUAAAAAUCUUUCACUUCAGGAACUACUUACUGUAGUCCCAAGGGUUUGCAAGUCAUGGGAAAGAGCAGUGAGCGGGCCUUAUUGCUGGCAAGAGAUAGACAUUGAGGAAUGGAGCCGACACUGCCAGCCAGAAUACGUUGAUAGAAUGCUUCAGUUGCUUAUCACAAGAAGCUGUGGUUCACUCCGCAAACUCUGCAUUUCUGGCCUCUCCAAUGACCCCAGUUUUUUCUUCAUUGCAGACCAUGCCAAAUCACUUCAAACCUUGCGGCUGCCUAGAAGUAAAAUUAGCGAUUCCAUUGUAGAACAGGUUUCUGGGAUGCUCUCCACCCUUACUUUCUUGGAUCUGAGCUACUGCUUAAAGCUAGGAGCCAGAGCCCUGGAGGUAAUUGGCAAGAACUGUAAGUUCCUCACUGGAUUGCGGCGAAUAAUGCACCCACUAGAAGUAGUUAACAAGCUCUCCCAAGAUGAUGAGGCCCUUGCCAUUGCUGCGACAAUGCCCAAGCUCAAGCACAUUGAGAUGGCAUACUUGCUUGUCUGUACACAAAGUGUGAUUGAGAUAAUAAAAAACUGUCAACAGCUUGUGUUAUUGGAUGUGCGAGGGUGUUGGAAUGUGAAUCUUGAUGAGAAGUUUAUCAAGAAAUUCCCGGGCUGA